GACUCUCACAUCGCCCUUCACUCGAUCUGCAGUCGCCGUACAUGCAGACAAGCGGUCAGUGAUGGCUGCGCGGACAUUCCCACCGCUGCUGUUACUGGUGGCGCUCGUGUCGCUUUUCGUAAAUCCCGCGCAGUUGCGACUCUUAAAUCCCGACCCGUUACUGACAUCUGUUCAACAACGAUGGCCACUUCGACCUUUUUCCCUCUCCGACAUUACGCGUGCCCUCGCACCAGCGGCACUCAGACGCAGAAUACAUGGUGGAUUUGCACCGAACACCAGAGAAUUAGAAGCUGACCGGAAAAACUUACUGGGCACUGAUGAGUACGAAGACUUCGAUGAUGAUCCGAUCUACAGGUUUCACGACGCAGACAAACGACAGCAUCCCGACUACGGUCACCUAAGGUUCGGCAAGCGGGCGGAGUUCGGCGACUACGGCCACCUGAGGUUCGGCCGACGCAGCCACUCGAGCCCCGACACGAACGCCGGCACCGCGGCGGGAGUGACAAGUGACGGCGACGGUCAAUAA